CGCAAACAGAAAACAAGCAGAGAAAAAUUCUAUACUUUAUUCAAUUAAAUGUACCGCCCAAUUCUUAUAUAUAGCUCCCAAGUGGAUUGGUGGUCGUCCGGCCAAAGAUAAACCACCUCCCACCGCUGUUUCCUUUCUCUUCUUCUCACUUUGCUGUCCAUCUUCUCUGCGUUCUUUUGAUACCAACUAUUCUCCCCCCCUUCGUUCCUCAUCCCCUCUCUCUCAUUGGCCAGCCAAUGGACUCAGACUACUUAAAUCCCUCCCCAGAUACCCAACCGGAUUGGAUGAACAUGAGGAUCCAAAUGGAGAAAGUUGCUGAAUUCUUGGAGCUACCACCAAUAUCCACCGAGUUCGAUAUCACUACUGUUCCCUCCCCAGCAUUCAACAACUCUCCAACCAUCCCAACCUCUCCCAUGCUAUCUGGUCCCCAACUCACCAUACCUUUCGUUGGUACCACCACCACGCAAGACCAACCCAUUGCACCCACGUUCUUCGCCAGGCCCACACCGAACACCGACACUGGGCCAUGGGGCGCCGGUGAUACCUCCCCCAGUCCCAAGCCGUGCUCCGUGGCGGCGAUGCGGGAGAUGAUAUUCCGGAUAGCCGCUAUGCAGCCCAUCCACGUUGACCCAGAGGCGGUGAAGCCCCCCAGGCGGCGUAACGUUAAGAUCUCCAAGGACCCCCAGAGCGUGGCCGCGCGGCUCCGGCGAGAGCGGAUUAGCGAACGGAUCCGAAUACUGCAGCGGCUCGUCCCCGGUGGGACGAAGAUGGACACGGCUUCGAUGCUGGAUGAGGCGAUCCACUACGUCAAGUUUUUGAAGAGCCAGGUGCAGUCACUGCAGCGGGCAGCGGCCGGAAGGACCAUGGGGGUCGCUGCACCAUUCUCGGCCGUAGGAUUUUCAUCUAGUGGAAACCAGUCGGGCUUCGGAAUGGCGUACCAGCUGCCAGAUCAAAGGUUCAUAAAGUCUAGCUAUAUGAAUUCGAACCACAUAUGUUGAGAGUUGGAAUGCAGUACUAGGGAAUGGCACAGGUCUGGUCGGUUGUGAAGUACUGGUAUUUUAAGUGCUUCAACUUCACUGAUGGAAACUCAUCCCUUCUUUUGCGCUUCUUGUUCCCUGUACAGGACUUGUGAUUGGGGUGGUUGUCUGUAUUUUGUUUAUAUAUAUAUAAAGCUUAUUUCCUCUCCAAA